AUGAAGCUAUUCCCAACUCUCGGGCUGGCCAUCGGCCUCUUAACGCCGCCAACAAUCGCCGGCAAAGCCACCACCUGGACUGGCUGGGGCGGAUCCCACCUCAACAACCACUGGGCAUCCGACAACCACGACCUCACCUCCCAAACCAUCUCCUCCCUCAAAAUCCACUGCAAAAUCGACGACCCCAUCGGCCAAAGCGCACCAGCCGCCAUCGACGGCGACUUCGCCUACUACCCAACCUGGAGCGGCUCCUUCAUCGCACUCAACUACAAAACCUGCGCUACCCUCUGGACCCUCAACGUAACCGACCUCAUCGAACAAUACUCCCCGCUAACCCCCUACCAAUCCCUCAUCAACGCCGCCGUCUCCCGCACCUCGGCCCAAAUCGACCCCGACCUCCGCGUCCUCUUCUUCGGCACCCAAAUCCACGCCCUCCUCGUCGCCGUCGACCUCGACACCGGCGCCCUCCUCGCCACAACCCAAGUCAACCCCCACGAACUCGCCGUCGUCACCGCCUCCCCAACCUACUACGACAACACCCUCUUCGUCGGCGCAGCCAGUGGCGAGGAGAACGCCGCCUACUCCACCAACGGUACCUACCCAUGCUGCAGCUUUGUCGGAAACGCGGCAGCCUUCCGCUUCCGCCGUGUCGACACCACGGCGGGGAAGUUCACCACCCUCUGGAACGUCACCACCAUCCCCGCGCACCUCGCACCCACCACCCCGCCGACCCCAGGCGUCCCAGCCACCUUCGGCUGGGCGGGCGCCGGCGUCUGGGGCUCCCAGCCCUCCAUCGACACCGCGCGGAACCAAGUAUUCUUCGCGACAGGCAACACCUACACCACGCCGCAGGAGUAUUUCCACUGCGGCGAACCCGACGCCGGCAAGGACUGUUUCCCGUCCUACAUCUGGCAGGAAUCGGUGUUUGCCUUGGACGUGCGGACCGGACACGCCAACUGGGUGCGCCGGCUGGAUGAGUUGGACGCGUGGACUCUGAUCUGUGGUGCCGAGGGUCUACCGCGGAAUGAGACGCUGUGCCCGUUUCCGCCGGGGCCGGAUGCGGAUUUUGGGAUGGCGCCUACUAUUGUGAAGGGGGCUGCGGGGAAAGGGAAGGAUUUGUUGACGGUGGGACAGAAGUCGGGGGUUUUGUACGGGUUGGAAGCGGAUAAUGGGGCGGUGUUGUGGUCGGUGUUGACGAGCCCGGGCAGUGCGUUGGCGGGGUUGUCGUGGGGGGUUGCGGCGGAUGGGGAGAAGGUGUAUUAUACGGGGAUUAAUGCGGGCCAGCAUGAAUGGGUGUUGCAGCCGGGGAAUGUGACGACGGUGAAGAAUAGCGUGAUUGGGGCCGCGCAGGCGUCGACGGGGGAGUUGUUGUGGCAGGUCCCUGUGCCGGAUGGGGCGGCGUCGUUGGUGAUUCCUGCUGUGGUGGGUGAUUUGGUGUUGACGGGGAUUACGGGGUCGUUUGGGUUUACUUCUGUUGGGCCUGGUUCGUUGUUGGCGGUGAGCCAGAAGACGGGCAAGGUUCUGUGGACGCAGGAGUUGGAGGGGCCGUUGCAGGGGGGGAUUUCUGUUCAUGGAAAGUAUGUGUUUACGGGGACUGGGUAUCGCGGGGGAACUGAGGGGGGGUCGUUUUAUGUGUUGAAGGCAAACUAG